AUGUUUUCCUCCCCAAAUGGCAGUAAGAAGCCAGCACAGCAGGGCCGAACGUCAGAUGGACGCCGGGAUCCAUCUCCCAAGAAACCACUGGCCCGAGACCCAGGCUUGGUCGUGGGGGCCUCAUAUUCCCAUGCAGAUAUGAUGAAGUUUGACAAUUUAUCUCUAUCCGCCAGUUCAACAAGACCGCGAACACCUCCGUCUUCAUCCUCACAUAAAACACGCGAUACCCCGCCUUUGAACCGAGGACCAUCUGGCCUUUCUUCGCCACCCAGAAGAACGUACACAGACUUCUUGUCGCAUACGAACGAUGAUUGGAAUUUAGAAGAUGAAGGGGACGAUGAUGAUGACUACGGCUAUGAUAAUGAUGACGGGGACGAUUUUGGGCUGCCGAGUAUAUCGAGUAUGAAAAGGAAAAUGAAAAAGGCACCUGUCAAAAACAAAACAGAACCCCCAGGCAACAUGGCAUCUUUCGGGCAGAGUCUACAAGGUGCAUAUGGUGGAUUUGGACCUAGGAGACUUUCAAAUAGUGCGGAUAUAGCCAUUGAGCGGCCAGCACCUAGCUACCCAGUAGCAAAGAAGAGCGAGGGGAAGAUUUUAAGACCCCAAUACAAGGAAAUUCUCAGAGACCCGGCAAACUCGCUGCACUUGAUCAACCACCCACCAAUACCUGCGGAUGCCGCGCCGAAAGAUAUAGACAUACACUCAGCGCGAAUUACAAGGAUUAAUAAAUUCAAGCGAAUACUCCAGGCCACCUCGAUAUCUUUGACGGACCUAAGAGCUGCAGCCUGGUCGGGUGUCCCUGAGGAAGUCCGGGCAAUGACUUGGCAAUUACUCCUUGGGUAUCUUCCGACUAGUAGUGAACGUCGUGUUGGCACUCUGGAGAGAAAACGAAAAGAAUAUCUUGACGGUGUCCGGCAAGCGUUUGAAAGGAGCGGAAGCAGCUCUGCCCCAGCUGGUAAAAUGAGAGGUUUAGAUGAAGCAGUAUGGCAUCAAAUCAGUAUCGAUGUACCCAGAACCAAUCCACAUCUAGAGCUCUACGCCUACGAAGCUACGCAGCGAUCUUUAGAGAGGAUUUUAUAUGUCUGGGCUGUGCGGCAUCCGGCAAGUGGCUACGUACAAGGCAUCAACGAUCUGGUAACGCCAUUCUGGCAGGUAUUUCUUGCAAGUUACAUUACGGACUCGGAUGUUGAAAGUGGAAUGGAUCCAGGCCAGCUACCGAAAGCUGUGCUGGAUGCCGUCGAAGCAGAUUCAUUUUGGUGUUUGACGAAACUUUUGGAUGGCAUUCAGGAUAACUAUAUUUUCGCCCAGCCAGGCAUUCAGCGCCAGGUUGCAGCUCUUCAUGACCUCACUGCAAGGAUUGAUGAGCCCUUGGCAAAACAUCUUGAACGAGAAAGCGUGGAAUUCAUACAGUUUAGUUUCCGGUGGAUGAACUGUCUUCUUAUGCGAGAGAUUAGUGUGCAAAAUACCAUUAGGAUGUGGGACACAUAUAUGGCUGAGGAGCAAGGCUUCUCCGAGUUCCACCUUUACGUCUGCGCUGCAUUCCUUGUCAAAUGGUCUGACAAGCUGCGCAAGAUGGACUUCCAAGAAAUCAUGAUGUUUUUACAGGCUUUACCCACGCGAGACUGGACCGAAAAGGAUAUUGAGCUUCUAUUGAGUGAAGCAUUCAUUUGGCAAUCACUUUUCAAAGGUUCAUCGUCUCACCUUCGAGGCGGGUCAGAUAAAACACCUUCGAACCAAAGACCUGCAUUUUCAUGA